AUGGAGGACUGGAGGACCGGAGGGCUGGAUGGCCUGGGAAGGAGGUCAGCGGGACGAAACUGUAGCAGCGGGGCUGGGUGUGUUCCCAGUCGCCUUCAUUCUUGUCGCGUCCGGCUGUGUCCUCCGUUUUCGGUCGUCCGGUUGUGUCCUCCUCCUCCGCAGCGGUCGAUCGUGUCUGGCCUCGUGAAGGGACGGGGAAGGGAUCGGGUGUCCUCAUGUCCCGGCGUUCGGGUGAACGGCCACAGUCGGGUGCGGAUGGGCGGCGGGGCCUUCCCGGAGUCCGGCUCUGUGGUCAGCUCGGACCUGGAGAGCACGAGCUUCGACUCGGACGAGGACGAUGGGUCUUCGCGCAUUACCACUACCACGGAGCGGAGCAGCCUGAAUCACCCGCAGCGGCUGCGGGUGCGGAGCCAGCCGGCGGGGCCGCGCCCGCGGCGACGGCACCACCCGCCGCACCACCGCGCCCAGCCGCCGCUGUCGCGGACGUCGUCGCUCUCGUCCGUCACGGACUCGACGAUGAGCCUCAACAUCAUCACGAUCACGCUGAACAAGGACGUGGUGGACUUCCUGGGGAUCUCGAUCAUCGGGGAGAGCAACCAGGGCGGGGACGGGGGCAUCUACGUCGGGUCCAUCAUGAAGGGCGGGGCGGUGGCGCUCGACGGCCGGAUCGAGCCGGGCGACAUGAUCCUUCAGGUCAACGACAUCAACUUUGAGAACAUGUCCAACGAUGAUGCCGUCCGGGUGCUCAGGGAGGCGACAAAGAAGCCCGGGCCGAUCAAGAUGGUGGUGGCGAAGUGCUGGGACCCGAACCCGAAGGGGUACUUCACGAUCCCCCGCACGGAGCCGGUGCGGCCCAUCGACCCGGGGGCGUGGGUGGCCCACACUGCCAUUUGCCGAGGGGAUGUGCCGGGGAGGCCGCCGUCGGUGACGACGCUCACGUCCACGUCUUCCUCCAUCAACUCCUCCCUUCCCGAGUCCGACAGGACGUACGAGGAGACGAAGCUGACGCUGAACUCGGACAUGGGGACGAUCGUGAGGGCGAUGGCCCACCCGGAGUCGGGGCUGGAGAUCCGGGACCGGAUGUGGCUCAAGAUCACGAUCCCGAACGCUUUCAUCGGUGCGGACGUGGUGGAGUGGCUGUACGCGCACGUGGAGGGGUUCGCGGACCGGCGUGAGGCGAGGAAGUACGCGGCGCAGAUGCUCAAGGCGGGGCUCAUUAAGCACACCGUCAACAAGAUCACCUUCUCGGAGCAGUGCUACUACAUCUUUGGGGAUCUGGUCUCGCAGAUGUCACACCUGAGACUGGCGGACGGAGAAGCGGAGACGUGCACGAGCGAGGUGGAUCGGGACACGGUGGGACCGCUUCCCCCGCCCUCCUGCCCCCAUCCCCAGUGGGUGGGGGGCAUGGGGGUGGUCCCGUUCCUGCCUCCGCCCCCGCGACCGGGACAGGCUCCCUCGGCGGUCUGUGAGUACGGGGUCGGUGGGAACCCGCCGUCCUAUGCCUAUGCGGUGGCACGGGAUCCAUCCGGUCGCAUCCCACCCGGCAUGCCGAGCGCGGGUCCCUCGAGUCGCGAUCGCAAGUCGGUCUCCCCGGGUGGAUCCGGGACCGGAAGCGACACGGAGUCUCGGCGGGACGGAGUGGGGAACGGGAGCAGUGCGUCGUCUGCAUCGGGUCAGAGCGCGUCGACGGUGACCUCGGGUCGUCUCCUGACCGACCCGACCUCGAGGGAAAUGUCGGCCAGUAAGCAAUCCUUCCACCUGGCCAUGGGGAACCCGGCCUCGGAGUUCUUUGUCGACAUCAUGUGAACGCAAUUGCAUGCAUUCUUCAGUAUUAUUAUCGUCGGAGGAGAAACGAGAC